AUGAACGAACGUGGACUUCUAAAUAUUCAUGUUUACAGGGCUAGGGACUUGGGCAAGGAAUAUGUAUCUAAUGGAUGUGACACUUAUGUAGAACUAAGACUAGGAAAUCACAUUGAGACUACCAAGUCUAGAGCCAGUCCUGAAUGGAAUCAAGCUUUUACAUAUUCAAAACAUAAAAUUCAAGCUCCUACCGUGGAAUUUGAGGUGAAAAGUCGAGUAUGGAAAAAAGCAAGACGUGAUGUUUCCCUUGGUAGAAUUAUCUUCAACCUUGAAUAUAUCUCAACAUCAGCUACUCCCUUGUCACCACAUUGGUACAGGCUGCAAGAUAGGAAAGGUGAUAAGGUGACUGCAGAACUUCUGGUGGCUAUCUGGAUUAAUGAUGUUACACAAAUGUCUGUCUCACCUACAGAUGCUGGUAAUAGUACUGAAAAGUACCUCAUUAGUAGUAGUAGUAUUAGUAGUAGUAGUGAUCAAUCAGUCGGAGGUGAGUAUUUGUUACCUAACUUUUGGUAUGUUAGGGUCAAUGUAAUUGAAGCUCAUGACUUGUUAGUACAAUUGCAGCCUAAGUUAUAUGUACUUGCCAUGCUCGGAAAUCAGUCUUUAAGGACCAAACAUUUUUCUGAUGGAAGUACUUCAAAUCCACAAUGGAAGGAAGAAUUACUCUUUGUAGCCAGUGAGCCGUUUGAAGAACCAUUGGUUUUGACAGUGGAAGAAAGACUUGGAAAGGGAAGCAACAACCAAGUUUGUGGAAGGUGUGUUAUUCCUUUACCAUAUAUUCCCCGAAUGUCUAAUGAUGAGCACACAAGUGGUAGGUGGUAUGAUCUCUCUAAACAGGUUGUUCCUGAGGAUGACUUUGAGAAGAAAACUGUUUUCGCAGGCAGGAUUCAUGUGACAAUUUGUGUGGAAGCUGGGUACCAUGUCUUGCUUGGACCCAAAGGCGACUGUUGCUCAUGUGAUUAUAUGCCACCUGAAAGGACACCGUGUAUUGGAACCAUGGAAUUGCAUGUCAUAGAAGCUCAUGGCCUCCUGCCAAUGAAAAAGAUAAAUGGUCAAGCAAGAGCUGAUGCUUACUGUGUAGUUCAAUAUGGUAAGAAAUGGGUUCGAACAAAGACUAUUUUCGAUAGCUUGAAUCCCAAAUGGAAUGAGCAGUAUUGUUGGCAGGUAUUUGAUCCAUGUACCAUUGUUACUAUUGGUUUAUUUGAUGAUAGUUGUAUUCAGGAUAACCAGGGAUUUAAGGAUUCCAAAUUUGGGAAAGUAAGGAUUCAACUUUCUACCCUUCGUGCCAACCAGCAGAAGAAGGUUGAGCUCAACUAUCCAAUCUUAUACUUAUCUCCUUCAGGGUUGAAGAAGAUGGGUGAAAUUAAGUUAGCUGUAAGACUCACUUAUUCUUCCUGGCUUACUAUGUUGUCUUUAUAUUCACAGCCAUUGUUACCAAUAAAACAUUACCUUGAUCCAUUAGAGGAUGAACAGCAGAUUUUCUACCUGCAGUACUCAAUCACAGAUAUAAUCUCAAGGUGGUUCGACCAAUCAGAGCCAAGAUUAAGGAGAGAAAUUGUGGAAUACAUGUUGGAUGUAGAGAGUAAAAUGUACAGUUUGAGAAAGUUGAAGGCAAAAUAUGCCUUAUCUUUAAAUGUUCUUCAACUUUAUGAUCAGACAUGUAAUUGGAAGAAUCCCUUAGCUACCCUUUGGAUUCAUGUUCUUCUCAUUACUUUGCUGCUUUCUCCUAAGUUACUACCAACUGCCAUCUUUCUUUCACUUUCUUUAGUUGCCAUUCUGAACUAUCAACGUAGAACCCAGCAACAUACUGAAAUGGACCUUCAUCCAUCUCUUGUCGAUAUAGAUUCAGACGAGUUAGAUGAAGAGUUUGACACAUUUCCCACUUCCAGACGAUCUGACACAGUGAAAAUGAGGUAUGAUCGUCUCAGGAAUAUCGCUGCAAAAAUUCAGAAUGGAGGUGCAGACUUGGCAGCUAAUUUGGAGAGACUACAGAAUCUGGUUUUGUGGAGAGAUCCAAGAGCUACUGCAAUUUUUAUGGCAUUUUGUUUGAUUUCUGUUGUGGUAUUGUAUCUUGUACCAUUUAGAGUGGUGUUGUUUGUGACUGGCUUGUAUUUGGUAAGGCACCCAAAGCUCUUUAGGGUCCCUUUAUUCCCUGUCAAUUUCUUUGCAAGGUUACCAACCAUGACAGACAUGAUGCUUUAG